CGGUCCGUUGGGCUUUCCCGCCUCCCGGGCAACGGUCGCCGCGGGGGGCGGGCGAUGGCGGCGGCUCCCGCCUCCUGCUCGUGUCUAGUGAGGCGGCCGCUCCGGCAAGUGUGGACUCUUUAUAGACUUUUUUUGGUCUAUUAACAAGUGAAAAAAGGAGACUUCUACCUUCUUUAGUGCUGUGCCCUGCCAUACAGAUCCAACCAUGCCUGCAGAUGGAAAAAGUGAUAUGGAGAGGGUUGGCCUCUUCAGUGAAAUGGGUUAUAUUUCCAUUGGAGAUAAAUAUGUCUCACAUUAUAUGCGCCCUUUUAAUGAAGCUGCAAGCAAGAACAGACAGAUGUUACCUGGGGGGAGCAAGGCAUUGUCAGCUCUUCAGGCAGGUUAUUUUGAGCCUCAGUUUGUGAGAAUUUUCGAUGGUGAAGCCUACUCAAAUCCUGUUCAGCUAAGGAGGCGCUAUAGACUGGCAGAAUCAAAGAAAAAUUUGGGGAGAGCUUUUCUUCCCAGUAAUGGAGACAAAUUGCCAUGUGGACUGGGCAGCUAUUAUGGAACCAUAGGAGGUCCAUAUGCAUACUUCAGCGCACAACUGAAAGCUAAAGAAAAAUACAUUCCUCCGGGAAAGAAUUUUUAUACUAAUCCAGGAAAGAAAGGAACUGGAUAUGGAUAUGCAAAUGUUACCAUAGGUGAACAAUAUCCACAUGCCCCUGAAGUGUAUGAAGCUGGAAGAAUAGAUGCAAAGAAAGCACGAGAGGAACAUCGACGUCUGCUUAAAGGAGGGCCUUUCAAGUUAAAUCUCUAUCCCCGGGAAUAUUUUGACAUUAAUCCCUAUUUUAGUGACCAACCUUUGCCACCAGUUAAGCAACAACCUCCAGAAAAGAAAAUUGCACCACCUUUUAAACCAAGUUCUCCUGCUAAAAAGGCAGGGGGCAUGAAAGGAGGUACAUUUGAUCCUUAUCCAAGCCAUUCUGAUGAGCCCUAUGUAAUUAAAAAAUCUGUGGCAGUCCCAGCUAAUAAAAGGGGACAGAUUUUUCAUCCUCCUCCUGGACCAAAAAGCAGACCUAUUAAAAGCAUAAUGACUUUAAAUGUCACAAGAUCAUUAAAUGCAACGAAUUACAAGACUGCACGCUUGGCAUCGUACUAGGUACAAACAGUGAAAUAAAGUAUACUUUUUAGGCUCUGUAAACUCUUAAUAUGUUUGCCAGUCAACAUUUAAAGUAAAUAAUAACAGGAAAAAAAAAAAGGAAGUGUAGAAUUAAGGGACAUAGGUCAAUCCAGUCUGUUUAAUUAUUGAGAAUAGUCUUUGGUUUGUAAAUCUCAAUCUAAAAUAAA